AGACUGGGAUAAGACCCACUUUGGAUUCCUCUAGCCUUGGAAGCAGCUCUAGGCAGAAGCCUCAAUGUCCUCCCAAGAGCUCAGCAUGAAUAGAAUUGUUGUGUAUGACAAGCCCAAUUUUGAAGGCCUCAGCAAAGAAUUCACCAGUGAUGUCCCUGACCUGCAUGAAUUAGAUUUUGGUAAUUGUAUCUCCUCUUUGAAGGUGGUCGGGCAGCCCUGGGUGGCCUAUAAGCUCUCAAAGUUUGAAGAGGAUGGUGUUGUUUUUGAGGAAGGGGAUUAUGCUGAGAUUGACAACAACAACAAGAUUUCAUCCCUCCGACUAGUUCACUAUGAUCUCUCUGACCCCCAAAUUACACUGUAUGAACACCCCAACUAUGAAGGUCAGAGCAAGGUGGUAAAGGAGGAGACCAACCUCGCCUAUGGUUACUUCAAUGAUCGUGUCUCCUCUCAUGUGGUGCAGAGGGGUGUCUGGCUGCUCUAUAAACAUCCAAAUCGUGGUGGAUGGUUUCACAUCGCCUGGCCAGGAGAACGUAUUCAUGAUUAUAAAAGCGAGAUUAACUUUGAUGAUAGUGUAUCUCACCUGCAGCCCCUGAAACCUGGCCGCCCAAUCAUUACUGCCAAGGUUCUAUGGAAUCAAAAGAAAGUGGAAGCCGAGAAGGAUGUUCUGAUUGAUGAGAUUGUGGGAACCAACUGCACUGAGUAUGAACAAGCGUUCACCACCAACUCCACUCGGGAAUACACUGCCACAGUUUUCCAGAGCUUCCAUUUUAGCAACACCACUUCCAUAAAACUUGGCUUUUCUUUCCAGGUGACCUUGGGAUGUUCCAGUGUAUUUAUAGUGGAAAAAGGGAAAUGUGAGUCCACCACCACCUAUGAGAAGGUGGAAGUCCUGCUGCCUGCCAAGAUCCCUCCGUGCACUGAACUCUCCAUACAGGUGAUCAAGAAAGAGACCGCCACCUCAGUGCCGGUUGAGCUCACCAUUUGUCAGAAUGGCAAAGAAAGGAAAGAGAAUGCUGAAUACUGCUGUGUGUCAGGCCGUACCAUCAGCACCAGAUAUACCAUGAAGCCUGUCUCAGCAGCCCCAAAGGAUUCCCAAGCUAAACCGCAAGCAUGACCGAGGAGGAACCCAGCUAUGCUCAACUCUCAUGUGUGAAUCUAGGAGAGCAUUUCCAAGCACAGGCUGGGCCAGGGACAAGGGAGAGAGCUUAGGUUGUUCCUGAAUAAGCUCCGUUUGGAUCGAUGAUCUUGUGGUUGCAUAUACUUCCAGACUGAGAAGGAAGAGGAAAACAAGAGUCUGCUGUUCCUAGACAUGGUGAUGGUUUCUGAGUUUAGAUAAUUAGGUUAUAGAUAGUUUGGGGAUAAUAUUUUAAUCAGAAUGGCAAUUUAUAUAGAAA